AAAACCCCCCCCUUAUUAUAGAUGUAUAUAGAUUGGGUUGAAGUCACAGAUGCCAUAUUCUUCAUCUUUAUAAUACAAGUUUUCUUUCCAGGUAGAAGGACAAGAAAAUAAUGAGCCAAUGCCAUAGAAACGCAAAGGGUUAAAGGUUUUUCUUUUUCUUUUGUUUUGGGUACGCUUUCUAUACUUUGAACAAAUGUUUUCCUGCUCAAAAUACUUUCAAAUUAUUGAAAGUUUUCAUUCCAAAUCCUAGAUUUUAGGAUUGUUACUUUUUAGAAACUGUUUCUCACAUUAGAGCCCCCUAUAUUGCUCUAAAUAUAGUUUAGUAAAUGCACCUACUUUGCAUUAAGCAUACUUAAAAUUAAAACAAAAGUAUGUAUACAAAGACUUUGAUAUUUUUAAUAGUUGGAGUUUGUUUUGCUAAUUUUAGAGUGCAGGUCAGCACAAGGGGCAUAGUGAGCCUGAUGGAAGCUUUCCUCAGGUGAGUGAGUUUCAAAAUCAAAAUUAGGUGCCUGUUUCUUAAAAUGAGAUUCUGCUGCAGGUUUACAAAUUAGACUUUCAGCCUGCAUGAAUUAGUAGGGAUAUUCUUUUUUUACUUGCAUAAUUGUAAUUGAUUUAAACAUGUGUGUCAGAAUUCACAGGCCCAUACUAACUGUCCUUAAUUUCUUUCCUACAGCAGUACUGCUAUAUGCCAGUCCUGUCUGCAUUCUUAAGGGUGCAGUUCAACACAUCCUCUCUAGAUUAUGGUGAAAAAGUAUUCCAAAGGAGGUCUUAUCAGAGCUAGUGUCAGAAAGAAUGACACUAUCAAUUGGGCAUGAUCUUCAGCAUAGGAAAUGUCUUAGGAAUUUUAUUAUCUUCCUAAAUUGUGUUGCUAUACUACUGUAUAGCUAAUUACCACAUUUCUAAAACGAAGUGUGCCUCUGUGAAUCUUGUUAUAUACUGUUUGGGCUUCUUUAAGAUAUUUUGAAGUUUGAAAAACGAAUAUUGAAACUUUAAGAGACCAACAUCUCUUUGUACACCACUUCUUUCAUGUGCUUCAUAAUAACUGGUGGAAAGUAAUAUAUAUUCAAGUAAUGUGUUUUCACUUAUAUUUGUACUUUCUAAGAAAAUAAAAAUGUUUCUGGGUCAACAAAACUUUAUAAAGCAUGAAGCCCUUUUUAGUAACCUGACAUGAGAAUAAGAUUGUAGGUGUAUUUUUAAAAAUGAGAUUUUCUAAACUAUAACUGUUUUAGAACAUUGUAUGAAGAACUUACCUAGCUAUAGUUACUUGUAGUCAGGAUUUUAACAGCUUGCAACAGGUAAUGUUUUGAAUAUAAAUAUCUUUCCAAAGUGUUACUAAUGGUAAAGAGAUAAUUUUCUAGGCUUCUAUUCUGCUGCUUGAAGUCAGAACUGCUGAUGGAGACAAAGGCACGAAAGUGAGGGAAAACCCCUGAUCCUAAAAUGAAUGCUAGGACUUACAUGGAUGUAAUGCGAGAACAACAUUUGACUAAAGAAGAGAGAGAAAUUAGGCAACAACUAGCAGAAAAAGCUAAAGCUGGAGAAUUAAAAGUCGUCAAUGGAGCAGCAGCAUCCCAGCCUCCCUCAAAACGAAAACGACGCUGGGAUCAAACAGCUGAUCAGACUCCUGGUGCCACUCCCAAGAAGCUAUCGAGUUGGGAUCAAGCAGAGACCCCUGGACAUACACCUUCUUUAAGAUGGGAUGAGACACCAGGUCGUGCAAAGGGAAGUGAGACUCCUGGAGCAACCCCGGGCUCGAAAAUAUGGGAUCCUACACCGAGUCACACACCAGCGGGAGCUGCUACUCCUGGACGGGGUGAUACACCAGGUCAUGCGACACCAGGCCAUGGAGGUGCAACUUCCAGCGCUCGUAAAAACAGAUGGGACGAGACCCCCAAAACAGAAAGAGAUACUCCUGGGCAUGGAAGUGGAUGGGCCGAGACGCCUCGAACAGAUAGAGGUGGAGAUUCAAUUGGUGAAACACCCACUCCUGGAGCCAGUAAAAGAAAGUCACGUUGGGAUGAAACACCAGCUAGUCAGAUGGGAGGAAGCACUCCUGUUCUGACCCCUGGAAAAACACCAAUUGGCACACCAGCCAUGAACAUGGCCACCCCUACUCCAGGUCACAUAAUGAGUAUGACUCCUGAACAGCUUCAGGCUUGGCGGUGGGAGAGGGAAAUUGAUGAGAGAAAUCGCCCACUUUCUGAUGAAGAGUUAGAUGCUAUGUUCCCAGAAGGAUAUAAGGUACUCCCUCCUCCAGCUGGUUAUGUUCCUAUUCGAACUCCAGCUCGAAAGCUGACAGCAACUCCAACACCUUUGGGUGGUAUGACUGGUUUCCACAUGCAAACUGAAGAUAGAACUAUGAAAAGUGUUAAUGACCAACCAUCUGGAAAUCUUCCCUUUUUAAAACCUGACGAUAUUCAGUACUUCGAUAAACUCCUGGUUGAUGUUGAUGAAUCAACACUUAGUCCAGAAGAACAAAAAGAGAGAAAAAUAAUGAAGUUGCUUUUAAAAAUUAAGAAUGGAACACCUCCAAUGAGAAAGGCUGCAUUGCGUCAGAUUACUGAUAAAGCUCGUGAAUUUGGAGCUGGUCCUUUGUUUAACCAGAUUCUUCCUCUACUGAUGUCUCCUACACUUGAGGAUCAAGAACGUCAUUUACUUGUGAAAGUUAUUGAUAGAAUAUUAUACAAACUUGAUGACUUAGUUCGACCAUAUGUGCACAAGAUCCUUGUGGUGAUUGAACCAUUGUUGAUUGAUGAAGAUUACUAUGCUAGAGUGGAAGGCAGAGAGAUUAUUUCUAAUUUGGCAAAGGCUGCUGGUCUGGCUACUAUGAUUUCUACCAUGAGACCUGAUAUAGAUAAUAUGGAUGAAUAUGUUCGUAAUACAACAGCCAGAGCUUUUGCUGUUGUAGCUUCUGCCCUGGGCAUUCCUUCAUUAUUGCCCUUCUUAAAGGCUGUUUGUAAAAGCAAGAAGUCCUGGCAAGCCAGGCACACUGGUAUUAAGAUUGUACAACAGAUAGCUAUUCUUAUGGGCUGUGCCAUCUUGCCACAUCUGAGAAGUUUAGUUGAAAUCAUUGAACAUGGUCUUGUGGAUGAGCAGCAGAAAGUUCGGACCAUUAGUGCUUUGGCCAUUGCUGCCUUGGCUGAAGCAGCAACUCCUUAUGGCAUCGAAUCUUUUGAUUCUGUGUUAAAGCCUCUAUGGAAGGGUAUCCGCCAGCACAGAGGAAAGGGUCUGGCUGCCUUUUUAAAGGCUAUUGGGUAUCUUAUUCCUCUCAUGGAUGCAGAAUAUGCCAACUACUAUACUAGAGAAGUGAUGUUAAUCCUUAUUAGAGAAUUUCAAUCUCCUGAUGAAGAAAUGAAGAAAAUUGUGCUGAAGGUGGUAAAGCAGUGUUGUGGAACAGAUGGUGUAGAAGCAAACUACAUUAAAACAGAGAUUCUUCCUCCUUUUUUUAAACACUUUUGGCAACACAGAAUGGCUUUAGAUAGAAGAAAUUACCGACAGUUAGUUGAUACUACUGUGGAGUUGGCAAACAAAGUAGGUGCAGCAGAAAUUAUAUCCAGGAUUGUGGAUGAUCUGAAAGAUGAAGCUGAACAGUACAGAAAAAUGGUGAUGGAAACAAUCGAGAAAAUUAUGGGCAACUUGGGAGCAGCAGAUAUUGAUCAUAAACUUGAAGAACAAUUGAUUGAUGGUAUUCUUUAUGCUUUCCAGGAACAGACUACAGAGGACUCAGUAAUGUUGAAUGGGUUUGGCACAGUGGUCAAUGCUCUUGGCAAACGGGUUAAGCCUUACUUGCCUCAGAUCUGUGGUACAGUUUUGUGGCGUUUAAAUAACAAAUCAGCAAAAGUUAGGCAACAGGCAGCUGACUUGAUCUCUCGUACUGCUGUUGUCAUGAAGACUUGUCAAGAGGAAAAGUUGAUGGGGCACUUGGGUGUUGUUUUGUAUGAGUAUUUGGGUGAAGAGUACCCUGAAGUAUUGGGCAGCAUCCUUGGAGCACUGAAGGCCAUUGUAAAUGUAAUAGGUAUGCAUAAGAUGACCCCACCAAUUAAAGAUCUGCUGCCUAGACUCACUCCUAUCCUAAAGAACAGGCAUGAAAAAGUACAGGAGAAUUGUAUUGAUCUUGUUGGACGUAUUGCUGACAGGGGAGCUGAAUAUGUGUCAGCAAGGGAAUGGAUGAGGAUUUGCUUUGAACUUUUGGAGCUCUUGAAAGCUCACAAAAAAGCUAUUCGUAGAGCCACAGUCAACACAUUCGGUUAUAUUGCAAAGGCCAUUGGCCCUCAUGAUGUAUUGGCUACACUUUUAAACAACCUCAAAGUUCAGGAAAGGCAGAACAGAGUUUGUACCACUGUAGCAAUAGCUAUUGUUGCUGAAACAUGCUCACCCUUCACAGUACUACCUGCCCUAAUGAAUGAAUACAGAGUUCCUGAACUAAAUGUUCAAAAUGGAGUGUUAAAAUCACUUUCCUUCUUGUUUGAAUAUAUUGGUGAAAUGGGGAAGGACUACAUUUACGCUGUCACACCAUUACUUGAGGAUGCUUUAAUGGAUAGGGACCUUGUACACAGACAGACCGCUAGUGCAGUUGUACAACACAUGUCACUUGGGGUUUAUGGAUUUGGUUGUGAAGAUUCACUGAAUCACUUGUUGAACUAUGUAUGGCCCAAUGUGUUUGAGACAUCGCCCCAUGUAAUUCAGGCCGUUAUGGGAGCCCUGGAGGGCUUGAGAGUCGCUAUUGGACCAUGUAGAAUGUUACAGUAUUGUUUACAGGGUUUGUUUCACCCAGCCCGGAAGGUCAGAGAUGUGUAUUGGAAAAUUUACAACUCCAUCUACAUUGGUUCACAGGAUGCUCUCAUAGCACAUUACCCAAGAAUCUACAAUGAUGAUAAGAAUACCUAUAUUCGUUACGAACUUGACUAUAUCUUAUAAUUUUAUUGUUUAUUUUGUGUUUAAUGCACAGCUAUUUCACACUUUAAACUUGCUUCGAUUUGGUGAUGUAAACUUUUAAACAUUGCAGAUCAGCGUAGAACUGGUCAUAGAGGAAGAGCUAGAAAUCCAGUAGCAUGAUUUUUAAAUAACCUGUCUUUGUUUUUGAUGUUAAACAGUAAAUGCCAGUAGUGACCAAGAACACAGUGAUUACACAUACUAUACUGGAGGAAUUUCAUUUUUAAUUCAUCUUUAUGAAGAUUUAGAAUUCAUUCCUUGUGUUUAAAGGGAAUGUUUGAGAAAUAAACAUUUGUGUACAAAA